AUGUCGCGGCGGCUGUGGACCAAGGCAGAGGACGAGCGAUUGACGGCGCUGGUCGAGCAUUUUGGAGACCGCCGAGGGCGCGACGGCAAGUGGCAGGAGAUCUCCAAGCUGCUCCCGGGGCGGACGAAUAAGGACUGCCGGAAACGCUGGUUUCACUCGCUGGAUCCUGCGCUGCGCAAAGGCCGCUGGACCAAAGAAGAGGACGAGCUGCUGCUGGCGGCCCACCAACGCCUAGGGCCUGCCUGGAAAGACAUUGCCCUGCUUAUCAAAGGGAGGAAAGACGACCAGUGCGCCAAACGAUACAACGAGAUCCUCAACCCGUCGGCCAAGAACCGGCUGCGACACUGGUCGGCCGAGGAAGACGCGUAUCUGACGGCCAAAGUCGGCGAGCUGGGACAUAAAUGGGCGCUGAUCGCCGCCGGGCUGGAAGGACGCCCGCCGUUGACGUGUCGCAACCGCUGGCGACGCCUGUCGACCAAGAUG